AUGGCGACGUGCAUGUUGUCGUCAAAGAUGUCGCCCAUCAUUAGAUUUGUACUGAAAGAGCAGUACUAUUCCUCGAGACCGAUAUAUAACGGUGUGACUGAAAUUUCCAGACGAGGCUACUCGACAGAUGGAGAUGCUCUCCCCCAGCCUGCUGCAGAAGACCGCAAUGCCGCCGCAGCGUACAGCGGACUGCUGGAGCACUACACCAGUCUGGUCAGGGACGGGGCGCUGCGAGAGGACCCGCAUCAGAAAGACGUGGUUCAGACCUGGGAUCAAAUGCACAAAACCCUACGAGGUUACAGAAACCAGCCUACGUCCAUAUUUUCGAAGUUUUUCUCGAAGCCAAAGCUCCCAGAAGGCUUCUACAUCUAUGGUGAUGUCGUUAAGUAUAGUACAGGGAAAACAAUGGUUAUGGACAUGUUCUAUGACGUGGAGACAGCGAAGAAAAAGAGGGUCCAUUUCCAUGGCUUUAUGUUGGAUGUAAAUAAUAAGAGGUUAAGGAUACGUCGACCUUAAAAAAGCCUGCCGAAGAGAAACGCUGGGAGGAUGGCUAAAGCCUACGACCCAAUCGCACCACUAGCAGAGUAGAUCAGUGAAGAGGCCUGUCUGUUGUGCUUUGAUGAGUUUCAGGUAACUGAUUUCGCUCCAAUUUUGUGCACACAUUUGUUUGAAAACCUCUUUAGGAAUGGGGUUGUUGUAGUGGCCAUGUCCAACCGGCCCCCAGAUGAUUUGUACAAGAACGGAAUACAGAGGGUCAACUUUGUGCCAUUCAUUGCUGUGUUAAAGAAAUAUUGCCAAGAGCUUCGGCUAGACUCUGGGAUAGACUACCGCAGGAGAAACAGACCCUCGGAUGGAAAACUCUACUUCCUACUGGGUGACGAUUCGUCCGUGAGUUUUACUCUGUUUGUUCAGAGCCUGACAGGAGCCAGUGACUACCUUGAGAUCUCCAUGCACUUUAAUACGGUCUUCAUCAGGAACAUUCCCCUGCUCACUAUGAAGCAGAAGACUCAAGCUAGACGCUUCAUACCGCUCAUAGAUGCCUUUUAUGACCACAAGGUACGAGUGGUGAUUCUGUCCGCUCACCCUCUGGAUCACAUCUUUGUACACGACGGGAAUCAUGAACACCACCAUCAUGAACUCAUGGAUGACCUCGACCUAAAAAGGGAUGCAGCCAGUGAGCUGUCCAUCUUCAGUGGAGCAGAGGAAAUUCCUUGCCUCUCUGAGAUGCAGACUGAAGAGUACUGGCUGGAAGGAGACCGACGGAGCACCACGAUCACGUAGCUGUACAGUACCCCAAUGAACCCCUACACCCUAAACCCUACACUACCUGCAAGGACAGUGACAACCACCUCGCCAGUACAGACUGUCAGUUCAUUUGAGGAUAUCAAUUAGAGCAAGGUGAGGUGCAGAAUCACUCAUCUUGAUCACAUAAAUACUAUGGUGAUUUGUUGAUCAGUGAUUAUGCGCCGUCCGACUGCUGUAGUAAAUCUCAAACACGCACAUACACUACCACGGGGGGACUCAAAACAAAGGAAGAUUUUUUAUUUUACUAACAUGCUGACCAAACCGGCCGCGUUGCGUGCGCUGGAAAAUACAUUUACACAUGUACCUGCCGUUCAAUAAUUUCAUCCCAACUGCUCGCGGGCGUCUUCGUAGCCAGGCACUAAAAUUUUAGAGGCUUGAUGCGCUGCAAGUCCCGCCUCUCCCAUCUACUCAUUAUUUUUUAUGAACAUAUACCCACGUGGGUGAUUGAAAGAUGAACGAGGUCCACACUCCAGUCCAGUAGGUGGCCGUAACGCACCUUAAAGUUGGUUGCCAACAGCCAUUUAAAAUCCACAAAAGAAGAAAGAUGAAUCAAAGAAAACCUAUUAAAAACUAACUAGGUUUCCCCUUUUUAUCUGUGGAUUAAUUGUCGGAGUAGAGAAUGACCCAAAAUGGGUCAAAAUUCUACAAAGAUCCAGCUAAAAAAAGGACCAUAUGCAUUUCAGAUAAAAUAACAAACCCACUGGCUCCAGGCCAUCUAUAAAUCACUGCUAGGCAAAUCCCCG